CCUUAGGGACCCCUUGUCGUCGCCUGGGUGGCCAAUUGGUAACCGUUGUCUUAGUCUUCACCCUCAUUGCCUUGGGGCUCCUUGCCCAGUCUUGUUGAUUGGUUGAUACAUUAUGCCCUUGAAGCUCGGCCGGGUUGGUGUUGGUCUUGUGACCUUGUCUUGACUGGAUGGAGUUGAAGCCCUUAACCUUGCUUCCAUGAUGAAGUCUCGACCACACCCUUGGUAGCCCCCCAAGACUCCAUACUUAGUUUUGUUGUUAUCGUCUUGCUCCUACUUUUGUUGUCUCUUCGGCUUGAUACCCCCUGCCACCAAGCCAGUCAUGUCGGCCCCUACUACUAAGUCAGCAUUGCCAGUUUGGUCUCUUGCCACCCGCCGGCUUGGUACCCGAGACCACCAAGCCCGUCUUGAGGUUUAGUCUCCAUAUGGCUCCUAUGGGGCUCUACACCAAUUCUCCAUUAAGUUGAUACCCUAUCAGCUCGGUACCUUGGCUGACAAGUAUACUCCCUUGAGGUUCCAUACUUGAUCUUGAUAAUCUAGAGAUACCAAGCCUGUCUUGUCGGUUUGGCACCCUCGUUCUUGGCAACCAAACCUAGUUUAUUGGCUUGGCACCAUGUUGCCUUGCUACCAAGCCUGUCUUGCCAGCUUGGUACUCUGUUGGCUCCAUACUUAGCCAAAUUUCAGGGUUUGGUACAAAGUCCUGCCUUCCAACUUGGUACCGUCUUGGCUCCAUACUUAGCCAUUUUUCCUAUCUUGGUACCACGCCCGCCUUGCCGGCUUGGUACUCUCUUGGUGUCUUGGUAUCAAGCCUUGCCUUGUCGGUUUGGUAACCUCUUGACUCCAUACUUGAUCAAUUUUCAUAUGUUUUGGUACAAAGUGGAAAAAAUUGGGACAAAAAAUAAUUUCCCAGUUUUUUUUGUGUGGUGAAAAGUGAUUGUCUAUCUUUGGUCCCGCUUUUAGAAGUGGUUUUUGAUUUCAAAAGUUUAAUUAAAGCCAAACAUAGAAGCUCGGCUUUUGUAUAGCCAAAAAGUGCUUUUGUAUAACAUAAAAGUAGAAGCGUCGUAUUUUAAUUUUAUUUCAAAAUAUAUUAUUUUAUUUCAUUUAUAUUAUUUUACCCGCCAAUUAUUAUGGUAAAUUUGGCAAAUUUCACCCGCCAACUUCCGGAUCCAUUGGGGUUUAUUGAGCCCAAUAAUUACAGCCCAUAUCCAAUUUUCUUUGGAAGUUAAAAUUCCUGCUGCAGAUCGAACAACGGCUGUGCAUUCACGUUGCUUGCGGGGCCUAAAACUCAGGCACGUAGCAGAAGCCAAAACAUGCAAUGCCAUUUCCAAUGGAAUGGGCAACCUGAAAUCAAACCACCCAAAAACACAUCAAAAUUGAAUCAAAGGGAGCCAACACGAAGUGUUCUUCCUGUUAUCCCUUAAAAUUUGAUGCCUUCUUUUCCCAUAAAACUGCAUUAAAAAGGGAGCAAAGCUUUUGACUUCUGAGGUAUGUCUUCUCGUUCCUUGCACAUCAUUUGGCAUUUCUUUACAUCGCACAUAUGUAUCCCAAUAUAACAAACAUGCAAAUCAAUGGUGAUUUUGUGGAAUUUCUUUGAAUCUAACAAACAUGCACAUCGAGGAGAGCCUCAAACCUUUAUGGCUAUAUCACAUCCUGAAAUCAAAACGAAGCUUUUCGAUACCAUGUAUUAUUGAUGGUGGCAGUGAAUCAAGAUUCAGAAAUGUCUUACGCUGAUCAUCUUGUUCUUUUUAGAUUCUGAGUAAGAAAUGAAUUGCAUUUAUUUAGACCAAAAGUAGGAAUAAUCUGUGGAUGAAGGGGUAUUAGUCCUAGCCCUGAUAGGAAGAGGCAAUGGAUGGGGUAAGCAGCAACUGAAUUAUGGUUCCUGAUCACUGUCUUUCCUAGACACAAAACAUGGCAGAAUCGAAGGAUGACAAAGACAACAACUCGAAACUCGCUAGCUGUGAUGCAUAUUUCGAGACGGUUCAGGCCAGGAAGAAACUACCACAUUCUUUGCAGGAGACUUUGACUUCUGCAUUUGGUAGGAUCCCUGCUUCUUCCUUCCCAAAAGUGCCUGGCGGCAAAGUCAUUGAAAUAGAGGCAGAUACGACAGUCUGCCAUGCGGUUAAGGUUCUGUCAGAAUGCAAUAUCAUGAGCGCACCGGUUAGAAACCCAGAUGCAGGCGAUGGCCUUGACUGGAAGAAAAGAUACCUUGGAAUCAUCGACUAUGCAGCUAUCAUUCUGUGGGUGCUGGAGAGUGCAGAACUUGCUGCAGUAGCUAUAUCUGCCAGCACUGCUACCGCUGCUGGGAUAGGAGCUGGAGCUGUUGGUGCCAUUGGAGCAGUAGCAUUGGGGGUGACCGGUCCUGCUGCCAUUGCUGGCUUGACUGCAGCAGCUGUAGGUGCAGCUGUGGCUGGUGGUGUGGCGGCUGAUAGAGGCGUGGGAAAAGAUGCACCUACAGCAGUUGACAGCUUAGGGAAUGACUUUUAUAAAGUUAUCCUUGAAGAAGAACCCUUCAGAUCUACUACUGUAAAGACGAUCCUAAAGUCAUACAGGUGGGCCCCAUUCCUUCCAGUUGCAACAGACGGCUCAAUGUUGAGUGUCUUGCUUUUACUCUCAAAGUAUAGGCUGAGAAAUGUACCUGUGAUUGAGCCUGGGAAGCCAGAUGUGAAGAACUUCAUUACACAAUCUGCAGUAGUGCAGGGCCUGGAGGGAUGCAAAGGAAGGGACUGGUUCGAUUGCAUAGCUGCUUGUCCCCUUUCAGAUUUAGGACUCCCUUUCAUGUCCCCGGACAAGGUUAUCUGCAUACAAAGUGAUGAAUUAAUUCUAGAAGCUUUCAAGCUGAUGAGGGAUAACGAAAUUGGUGGUCUUCCUGUGGUGGAAGGGCCAAAAAGGAAGAUCGUUGGAAAUAUAAGCAUAAGGGACAUUCGAUUCUUGCUGCUGAAACGUGAACUAUUCAACAAUUUCAGGCAGCUUACUGUAAAGGAUUUCAUGAUGACGAUCUCAAGUCAUGAGAAUAGCAAAGUAAUGCCGCCCAUAACAUGCAAAUCGGAUGCAACACUCGGCAGUGUGAUUCACCAUCUUGCUUCAAAAUCUGUCCACAGGAUCUAUGUUGUGGAAAACCAAGACGAUGGAGUUGUUGGUGUGAUAACACUUCGAGAUGUGAUAUCUUGCUUCAUAUAUGAGCCACCAAACCUUUUCGAUGUCUACUUUGACUCUUCAAUCAAAGAAGUCCUCGAAAAGUAACACAUCUGCUGUCAAACUUAGCUAUGUGGGUUUUCUGAAUAUGAUAGGUUGUGGGAUAGC